AAUAUUAUACACACAUAUAAACAAUGUCACAAUAUGAAAAGUGACCUGAAAAAUAUUGACAUCAUUACGGAUACUGAUAGUUACUGGUAUCCAUAUCGAUAUCAGGAUCGAUCCGGCCACCCCGACUCCCUUGUAGUCGUUGCUGGGUCUCUCUCCAUCGAAAGCGCGCAUCUUGCUGCUCCACACUCUCACCGCGAUGAUCCACUGCUGCAUCCUCUCAGACAACCUUCACUUCACUUCUACCCUCAUCGAACCCUUAAGUCGACCGCCGCGCCGUUCCCAUGCUCCGCACUCAUCCUGAGAUGCGACACCCCUGCUCGAUAUCCCGGAGAAUAGCCACAUCUCGCGUCGCCCCUCGCGGGUAGAGAGCAUGCCCGACGCGGGGACGCCUGGCGCAGCCGCCGCCGCCGCUGCCGGUGGUGGUGGUGCGGCCGGCGACGGAGCUGAGAGCGGCCGCCACCGACAUCGAACACAGCAGGGAGAUGCGGAGAGGCCGGAGUCGUCCGCUUCCCCGCCGCAAAGCGCAUCCGGUGUGCUGGAUAAGUUGUUUGGAAAGAGGCUGCUGCAGGCUGGCAGACACGUCAUGUCACAUAAGUCUUGGAUGAAAACGGUGCCCACGGAGAACUGUGAUGUCCUCAUGACAUUUGCAGAUACUACAGAUGACCACACGUUGCUAUGGCUACUCAACCACAUCCGGCUGGGGAUUCCAGAGCUCAUCAUUCAAAUUCGUCAUCAUAAGCACACGCAUGUCUACGCAUUCUUCGUCACCGCCACCUAUGAGAACUUGUUACGAGGUGCUGAAGAAAUGGGCCUUAUGAAGGCGUUGAAACCCGAGUUCGGAGGAGGAACCCGGAGUUUUUCCUGCGAGGAAGACUACAUCUACGAGAACAUCGAGAGCGAGCUAUGCUUCUUCACAUCGCAGGAGCGGCAGAGCAUCAUUAAAUACUGGCUGGAUAAUCUACGAGCCAAACAUGGGGAGGUGCUUCAUAACAUCAACUUCAUGGAAGGUCAACCAAUCAUUCCGGAGCUGAGUGCACGAGGUGUGAUUCAGCAGGUGUUUCCCCUCCAUGAGCAGCGGGUCCUGAGUCAGCUGAUGAAGUCUUGGGUCCAAGCAGUUUGUGAAAAACAGCCCUUAGAUGAUAUCUGUGACUAUUUUGGGGUAAAGAUAGCCAUGUAUUUUGCCUGGCUGGGGUUUUACACCACCUCCAUGUUGUAUCCUGCUGUGAUCGGCUUCGUGCUGUGGAUGCUCACUGAGGCGGAUCAGACCAGCCGUGACAUCUGCUGCGUGGUCUUUGCGCUCUUCAACGUGGUGUGGGCCACUUUGUUUCUUGAACGGUGGAAGAGAAGGGGGGCGGAGCUGGCUUACAAAUGGGGAACCCUGGACCCGCCUGCCGAAUCCCUGGAGGAACCUCGUCCUCAGUUCCGGGGGGUCAAGCGCUGUAGUCCCGUCACCGGAUGUGAGGAGUUCUACUAUCCACCGUGGCGGAGACGCGUGUUCAGGUGGCUGGUCAGCUUGCCCAUCUGUCUUCUCUGUCUCUGUUUUGUCUUCCUGGUCAUGCUCAUCUGCUUUGAGCUGCAGGAGUUUGUAAUGGGGAUCAAGGAAAUGCCUCGACUGGCUCGCUUCAUCCCUAAAAUCAUGCUAGCUAUCACUGUGACUGCAUGCGACGAGGUGUACAGGAAAAUUGCCUGCUGGCUCAAUGACAUGGAAAACUAUCGACUCCAGAGUGCCUAUGAGAAAAAUCUCAUUAUCAAAAUGGUUCUUUUUCAGUUUGUGAAUUCAUAUCUCAGCCUUUUUUACAUUGGAUUCUACCUCAAAGACAUGGAGCGUCUCAAAGAGAUGCUGGCCACUCUGCUCAUCAUACGUCAGUUCCUUCAAAAUGUGAAGGAGGUGCUGCAGCCUUACGUGUAUGAGCGCCACAAGCUGGGCGAGCUCACUUUGCGAGCUAUGUGGGACCUGCUGCUCUCAGUGCUGCUAAAAUACGCCCGCCUGGCAGCUGGAAAGGUCCUGACCUCUCCCACUGACCCUGGCAUGCCGGGACCUGGUCUGAGGGGCACCAGGCCUGGCUUGUGGCAGGCAGACAGGAGGGAAAGGAAGUGUCUGAAUGGAGGAUGUGGGGUCCUUGAUGAAGAGGAGCGUGGCGAGAGGGACGAGGCUGACAGUGGGAGGUUCAGUGAAGGAGAGACCGAGGAGGAAGGUCUGAUCGACUGCGGUUUGAAACUGAGGAAAGUCAGCUUCAUAGAGAAGAUGGACAGGAGGCCAGCAUGCAGGGGCCAGCCCAUGAACAACAGUUACACAGAGGAGGGCAGUCCGACCAUGGUGGAAAAAGGACUGGACCCCACCUCUGUGUUUGAAAUAUGUGACGACGACACCGAUAACGGCAUCCAUGAUGUGAAGGAGGCAGGUGGGGGAACGGCAUGUGCGGCCGAAGGGAUCGGUUACGCCGUCGGUGCCGCUCCACCUGCAUCGGGGAGCGGGUCGUUGCGACACCGCAGACGAGGAAGGAGCGCCGAGCGGGCUGAACCCAGAGCCAAGAGGGAAUCGUGGAUCGACCCUCCGGCGGUGAAGGAGAGCGCCGCGCUCGCUCAGGCGGAGAUGGAAAGCUGCAUGCAGACAUAUGAGGGAACCUUCCAGGACUACCAGGAAAUGUUUGUCCAGUUUGGCUACGUGGUGCUUUUCUCCUCGGCCUUUCCUCUGGCUGCCAUGUGCGCACUCAUCAACAACAUCAUUGAGAUACGCAGCGACGCCUUCAAGCUCUGCACGGGUCUGCAGAGGCCCUUCGGUCUCAGAGUGGAGAGUAUUGGCCAGUGGCAGACUGCAAUGGAAGCCAUGGGUCUGAUUGCCAUCAUUGUGAACUGUUACCUGAUUGGCCAGUGCGGUCAGCUACAGCGCCUCUUCCCCUGGCUAAGCCCUGAGAUGGCCAUCAUCUCCAUUGUGAUCCUUGAGCACUUUGCCGUCCUCUUGAAGUACGUCAUCCAUGUGGCCAUUCCCGACAUACCCACGUGGGUCAGAGAGGAGAUGGCCAAACUGGACUAUCAGCGCAGGGAAGCCUUUAAGAAGCACGAGCGGCAGGCCCAGCAGCACUACCAGCAGCUGCAGAGGAAGAAGAGGGAGGAGGAGGAGCGGCAGAGGCAAGCGGAGCACAUGGCCCGCAGGGAGAGGGACAGGGAUGACGGUAAGGGCGACUCCUCCGGGGAUCACCAUCACGACAAAAGUCACGGCAGCAAAUCGCGUCCUGCCGGUGCGGGCAGCGGCGGCGGCGGCGGCUCCGACAAGCCCAAGAGGCCCAGCUCUCUGUUGGCCAACAACAACGUGAUGAAGCUGAAGCAGAUCAUACCGCUGCAGAGCAAGUUCUCAUCAGGUGGCGGCGCCCGCUCCCCUCAGUCCCCAACUGGCGGCGAAGCAAAGCUGCCCGGCUUCCUCAGCUUUAAAUUCCUCAAAUCACCCGACAAUAAGAAGGAGUGUGCGGCGGCCAUCACCGCCAACAAUGCUGCAACGACGGCAUCAUCUUCAUCAUCAGGUAGCAGCUCCCAGGAGCGUUCUCAGUCACCCAGCAAGGCCUUCAACCCUGGCAAACUGUUUAAUUUCGGCAAAUGUGAAGCGGGGACGCCGCCGCUCAGAUGCGGGGAGGCACCAUCUUCACAGACCUCAGCUUCCAGGUCCGACUUGAACGGCAUUCCCGACGAGAUCCCCUCACCCGGAGGGGAGGGCUCUGAGAGCCGACACGCAACCGAACUGGACCCGAAAGUUUAGUAGCUUAGAAGUAAGACCGACAAACAAAAUAGGCUUUACAAGAACAACACAAUCAUGUCUGCAAUACACAAAGAAAUGCAUGAGCUGCGUUUCCAAUAUUUUCAAGCCUUCAAAGCAAAAAGCUGUGAUUUUUCAUUUCUUCUACUGUGGGCAAAUUGAGAACAUCAGAAGGGGCUCCCAAAAGUCUGAUGAAAAAUGUGAUUGUACUUAAAAAAAGAAAAAAAGAAAGGACCACUGAGAGUGUUUUAAUCAUCCCAAGUCAAUAUUAGAAGUGUCUUGUUUUUAACUGUGACAUUUAGGGCCCCUCUUUGAAUAGCAAUAUUAAAUAAUAAGUCCUUUCACCUCCUUGAAGAAUCGCCGGCUUUAUUUUCAAAGCAAAGGCGACAUCAAACCUUUCUUAUCUUUCCAUCUGUGGCAUUAUGAGAUUGAUGUGAAAAGAAUGUUCUAGAUUAGUAAAUCCUGCUGUCAGACGGGCAGGGGCGCCGAAAAGGGGGGUAAAGGAGACGGAUUCUAGGGGCCCAUGAUGGAGGGGGGCCCAGAGAGGCCCCUAAUGAUGAUGAAAUUAUAAUACAGAAAAAAUAAUGACACUGUGUUGGGGGCCCUGUAAAGAUUCUUUUCAUGGGGCCCAAAAUCCCUAGCGGCGCCCCUGCACACGGGUAACAAAAACAAGAAGAAACUGACUGCAUGCUCAAUGCAGCCUCCUUCAGGCCCUCCAGGAUGUUGCGACGUCAACCCACGCAGAUUAUAUUAUUGUCUUUGAUUGAUUGAUUGAUUGAUUGAUUGAGACUUUUAUUAGUAGAAUGGUAACACCCCAAUAAGUUUUUCAACUUGUUUAAGUCGGGGUCCACGUUAAUCAAUUCAUGGUAAUUCAUGUCCUAUUCAUUUGUGGGCGGCACUCAAACACGCACAUCAACUGGUUAAUCCAGGGAUGUCCAAAGCGCGGCCAGGGGGCCAUUUGCAGCCCGCAGCUCCAGCUUUGUUGGCCCCCACUGUUUGUCAAAAAAAAAAAAACCCAAUAAAAAUCUAUAAAAAAGAGCAAAAAGAUGUAAUGUAAUGAGAAAAAAGCUGAGACAAAAUUUAAAAAGUGCUGCUCAAGUGGCCUAGUGGUUAGAGUGUCCGCCCUGAGAUCAGUAGGUUGUGAGUUCAAACCCCGGCCGAGUCAUACCAAAGACUAUAAAAAUGGGACCCAUUACCUCCCUGUGUGGCACUCAGCAUCAAGGGUUGGAAUUGGGGGUUAAAUCACCAAAAAUGAUUCCGCUGCUGCUCACUGCUCCCCUCACCUGCCAGGGGGUGAACAAGGGGAUGGGUCAAAUGCAGAGAAUAAUUUCACCACACCUAGUGUGUGUGUGUGUGUGUGUGUGUGUGUGUGUGUGACUAUCGCUGGUACUUUUACUUUUACUUUAAUUAUGUGGGGGGCGUUUGGAUAUUUUUAUUUAUUUUGUAAAAAAACAACAACAUGCUACCACCUGUAAAUGAUGGCACAACUUAGAAUAGAAUAUAAUAAAAUAGAAUAGAAUGGACUUUAUUGUCAUUAUAUUUGCAUAUAACGAGAUUAAGGACUCCAAUUUAAGGUGCGGUAGUGGGAACACAUAUGGGAUAAAAAUAAAUUACACACGGUAUAACUCGGUUGGUAAAGCGGCCGUGCCAGCAACAUGAGGGUUCCAGGUUCGAUCCCCGCUUGCGCCAUCCUAGUCACUGCCGUUGUGUCCUUGGGCAAGACACUUUACCCACCUGCUCCCAGUGCCACCCACACUGGUUUAAAUGUAACUUAGAUAUUAAGUUUCAAUAUGUAAAGCGCUUUGAGUCACUUGAGAAAAAGCGCUAUAUAAAUAUAAUUCACUUCACUUCACAAGAAGUAAUAAAGAUAAAACUAAGAAUUGAAAUAAAUAGACUACUAUCCAAUAAAAAUAAUAAGCAAUCCUGUACAAUAUACAAAAUACUGUACAAUAUACAGAACAAGACGGAGUGAUAACAAUCAGUGUCGAACGUAUUGCACUCGAAAGGUAAUAUUGCACAGUAGGGUAUUAGGGUAGGAUAUUGUAUAGGGGUAAAUUAUUUACUAUAAACUUAGUGUCAGCUUUAUGUUAUAAGUGACAAAAUGUGUUAAUAAUAAUUUUGGUAUCAACAUUUCAGCUUUUUGUCAUUACUUUACGUCUUUUUGCUCUUUUUUCUUUUCUUUUUUUCCCGACAGGCCAACAAAGCUUGAGCUGCAGUCUGCAAAUGGCCCCCUGGCCACUCUUUGGGCAUCCCUUUAAUAACUAAUGAUAGUACACUUUGUCACCUAUAACACAAAGAUGACACUAAGUUUGGUCUGUGAAUAUAUUUAGUGUCUGUUUUUAGUAUUUUUUUUAAACAAAUAUUUUAACUAAAUAAAAGACAUCAAAAUGAAUCUCACAUACUUUGACUUCUCAGUAUGCAGCCCUUGGUGUAAAAAGUUUGGAGUCAAAACCCAUGUUUGUUUCUUGUGUAGACCAGUGGUUCUCAAACUCCCAAGUACCACCAAAAUGACCAACAUUAAAAUACAGUAGCAUAGUAGGACUAAGUAUUCAUUAAAAACAAGGCAGAGGUUUUAUUUAACAAGUAUAUUUUUGGGGCCGCUGAAACAUUACGCACAGUUUGAACAGUAACACUGUGUUUGAAUAUUUAAUCAAGUGAUUAUUUAGUGUGCCACUAGUGGUACAAGUACCACAGUUUGAGAAUCACUGGCGAAGACAAAGCAGGAACAACAACAAGUAACACUUGAUCAACUAUUUAUUGCUCAAACACCACAAUUGUGGUCUUACCGCAGUACCUGUGUACAGCGCUAAGCCUUCUGGGUAAUUUAGUAUAUCAACAUUUACUUCCUAGUUUACAUGUAUUUGUUUAACCUUUAUUUAUCCAGAGUAGAGCGAUUAAACACAGAUUUUCAUUUGCAAUGCAGACCUAGCAAAGAGGCAGCAUUUACAUGUUGGAGAUGUUGAAAUGUGAUAAUAAUCUCUCAUUACCCAACAAAAAAAAUAGCACUAUAGAUCCCUCAACUGUUUACAAAUGCUUUUAAAGUGUGGGGCUGGAACACAAAUGUUUCAGAUGAAGACUUUACAAGCGUAAAAUAAAGUUAAAGUUAAAGUACCAAUGAUUGUCACACACACACUAGGUGCGGCGAAAUUAUUCUCUGCAUUUGAUCCAUCACCCUUGAUCACCCCCUGGGAGGUGAGGGGAGCAGUGAGCAGCAGCGGUGGCCGCGCCCGGGAUUCAUUUUUGGUGAUUUAACCCCCAAUUCCAACCCUUGAUAACAUGGAGAAUGUCUAACAUGUGGACACCACCUAGGGAGGUUUUCACUGAUGUUUAUUCAUGUCAUUUUAAAUGAAUAAUCACUAUCAUUAGUUAUAAUUGAAACGACAACAAGCGCAGAGUAUGUGCUUUUUACUGCCAUCUACUGUCUACUUUUAGGUCUGCGGUAUAAAACGAGUAAAACAUCAAUGCGGCAUUUGUUUUCCAAAUUUUUGUUGCAGGCCUUUUUGGGUUGAAAGUAAAUGACCACUUAAAGCACUGAUAACACAUCCAGAAGAUCCAAAGUUGAUUCAAUGUUAUCAAAGAAAACAAACAACUUUAUAUA